UUUAGAAGAUAUAUGCAUUAAAAAUUUACAGUCUCACUAUACCACCAAUACGGAUCAACUACUCUGAUGACAUCAUUCUGCACUUCAGCUUCUCAUCAGAUUUUCUGUCCAAUCAAAUGCUCUCUUGAAUCUAAAGUGUCCCGCCCCCAACAGUUGUAGGUUUCCUGGCUUUGAGGUAAGCUAAACGCUACUGGCUAUUUAAAAAGGGGGAGAGGCCACGUGAUAUGUCUGUCCCCGACUUACUGUUUCAGUGUAAAUUACGUUAACACAUUGAAUAACGCUACGUGUUUCAAGCCACUUAAUGGCGACUUUAGAUGACACCUAUCUUAAAUAAAAUUUCACUUGAAUGCAGUCAAUUUUCAUAUUAUAUUGAGAAUGUGAUCAACAAACAGCUAUGAGAUAAUUUUUUUUGUCUACUUCAUGUGACAUUUUAGCAAACUUGCAUGAAUGAAAGUAACUGAUUGCCAGAAAUCCCUACACACACUAUGUGGCCAGAAGUAUGUGGACACUUGACCAUCACACCCAUUUGUAGGCCUUCCCAAAACUGUUGCCACAAAGCUGGAAGCACACAAUUAUACAUAAUGUCUUUGUAUGCUGUAGCAUUACAAUUAUUGGAAUACUGGCUGCGCACCAGGCCUUCUCACCUGACAUCAGUGCCCAACCUCACUUAUGCUCUUCUGGAUUAUUGGGUACAAAUCCACACAGCCAUGCGCCAAGACCUACUGAAAAGACUCCCCAGAAGAGUGGAGGUUAUUAUAACAUAAAUGGAGGACCAACUCCAUGUCAAUGCUCAUGGUUUUGGAAUGGGCACAUAUGUUUAAGAUGGUCAGGUGUCCAUAUACUUCUUGUUAUAUAGUGUAAGAGAAAAGAGCUAAGAGCUCUUAGUGUGAAAUCGCAGCAGAUCAAACCACUGUACAAAAUUAGGUAAAUAUUAAAGCGCCUUUAUUAUGCUUUUUCAGAUAUUACCAUUCAUGUAGUGUGUUAUACGGCUGUUUGUGAAUGUAAAACAUCUGCAAAGUUUCAAAAAUCAAAGAGCACGACAAACAGAGUUAUUGACUCCCAAAAGAAAGAACCGAUUCUGAACAGCUGAAUCGAGUCGUCAGUAAUUCCAGACUUACUUCCUGUACUAACCUACGUAGGUUUGUAACAAAAAACCUCGCCUCUGGUCUUCAUUGGCUGCUCCCGAACAGAAGACAUUGUAAAAGCAAAACCACUUUGCAUGGACUCUCAAAGGUUGAGGAUGUAAAGCGUCAGUAGUUAGAAUUAAUUUUUAAAAUGAUACCACAGCAGUUCAAUUCUGACCUUCGUUUGUGUUCCCGUCGUUUCACUGACGACUGCUUCUCAAAUCUAGCUGAAGUCAACGCGGGAUUUACGAAACGAUUAUUCGUUAAAGAUGGGGCCGUACCCACUUUAUUUGUACUAUCUUGUGCCUCUGGAUCACAACCUUAUCGUUACAGAUAUGGAGGAGCUGGUGCAGGAUCUGGUGUCUGCAUUGGAGCAGACCUCGGAGCAGGUUGAGCUGGAUGAUCUGUGGCAGGAGAUGGUGCUCAGGCCACUGCAGCACCGGCGCCAGGUUCGCAGGCGGAGGGGCCGCAAACGACGCUGUGAUUUUGAGCACAGCCUCUGCCUCAGUGAAGCCUCUGAGUCCAGCCUGGAUGAAGCCUUUGUGAGAGAACAGAGACACGGGGCUGCAGGAGCUGUGGCCAUAGCAGCAGGUCCUGUGCUGGCUGCUAACCACAGUGAUUCCGAUGACACGCUGAUUGUCAAGCGCUGGACUCCAUCAUCACUGUCCUUCCGUACCAGACAGCAUUCCUGGCCAGAGUCGGACUCAUUCACAGAGAACACACCAGGAAGACCUCUGCGCAGACGCCGCAAAGUCAAACGCAUGCCACCAAACGUGAAUGUAAACGUGCAGCAGAGAUUUAGAGUGUGUGGAUUGGAGAGAGGUGAACAAACCCAUCGUCAUUGUCACCACCACCAUUAUCAUCAUCAUCAUCAUCAUCAUCAUCAUCAUCAGAGGUCCUAUAAGAAGCAGAGACUGAGCCGGCUAAAAAAGCGCUCUGGGGGCUGGUCUAAGCAGGACAACGGCUCUGUGGGGGCUGGAGUGGGAGGCUUGUCUCAGGAAUGCUGGAAGGACAAGAUCCUGCGCCAGGCCAAGGAGAAGAAAGAGGCGUCUGAUGAGAACAUGUCAGAAUGUGAGACGAGUAGCGUGUGCAGCAGUGAUCCUGGUCUUUUCACCAAUGAUGAGGGAAGGCAAGGUGAUGAUGAACAGAGCGACUGGUUCUUUGAAGGUGAAUGUGCAUCAGGCAUUGGUGUUCAGGGCCUGAUCUCCAGCAGGGAGUCAGAAACAGCCCCCAGAGCCGCUGCACUCGACGCUAUGAGAGAGAACCAUCGCUCGGCUACUUUCCUCCACCCGAGCCAACCCAGUCAGAGAGGUUGUCAUGCUCGUAUAAACCGUUUGCCAGGUGUGACUGCGUGCUGCAUUAGAAAAGGCAGAAGGAGAUUGCCUGCCAAGGAUAAUAAUAUUGCUGCUUGUGUGGACAAGCUGAGGAACUACUCACAUGAUUCCUAUCAGAGGGAGUUUUGGCUGCCCCCCUAUGGGAAGCGAGAUAGAAGACAGCUGAAACCUUUGUGUUCAUUGUCUAUUGGCAUGGGUCCAGACGCCUCCCAUCCAAGAUGCUCCAUAUCUGAAUGUAAAAACAGACAGCGUAGUGCACAUCUAGGAGUGCUGUGUGGAGGAGACAUCAAGAGGCGGAGGAAAACUGUAGCAUUUCCCAAUGCCACUUCAGUCUACCUCCCAUUCCGUAAGGAGGCCAGACGAGAAGAGGCUAACCGAUGCUGUGAGACGACUUUCUCUCCUGGAGGAGAAUGUGCUCUCCCCUUGCCAUCCACUUCACACACACCAGACUUCAUCAAACCAGGGACUUCAUUCAGCAGCCAGAGGGAACACGAGGAUGACUGACACACACUCUCACAUUGGCUGCCCUCUUCAUGGGCACAGCUGCUCAGGGUGGAAAACCUAGACUAGCACUCAGAGAAUAUUGAAGUGAACAGAAAGAACUCUCUGUGACAAAACUUUCUGGAUUAAGUCUUUCCAACCAAGCAACCAUCUUGCAGACAAAAAAAAAAAAAUGCUAAUGCAGUCAAUUGGGUCAAGAUGUAAGCCCAAGGCAGCUAACCCACCAGUCAUCACUCCAUUCAUACUGAUUCCGAUUGAGACUGGAUUUGCCGCUGUGGCUGUAGAAACGCCCACUGGGUUACAGUUUUAAAACUUUUUUUUUUUUUGGUAUGUAUGUUACAGAAGUAGAUCAUCGUGUAGGAUCACUAAAGUCAGAUACGUUACGCCGAUGCAAUGUUCAGAAGAUCGACCACUGAAAGUGGAAACACCCAUGUCCCUUAUUAACAUGAAUAUGAAAUGCUAGAGUGCUCUAAAAAACACUCAUUAGCACAACAGAGCGAGUGUGUGUUCCUGCACCCUCCGGGGGUCUCCACUCCCUGCUUCACAAUCCACAUUCAAAUGUUCAUACAUAAAAGUCUGGUGCAGCACAGCGCCUGCUUAAACGUGCAUUUUAAUUUGAAGUUAUUGUUUCGAUUGCUGUGGUAAAAUGCAGCUGAUGAGUGAUGAGUCUAUUUAACAGAGUCUGGGGUCAGUGUGAACCAGGCAAGUGAUGAUAGCACGAAUUAGUGUAUUAUUAUUAUUAUUAUUAUUAUUAUUAUUAUUAUUAUUAUUAUUAUGAGCAUGAAUUGCUGUAAAUAGUCUAUGGACCAUCUGAGAAUCCUUCAUGUGCUUGUGCUUUUACUAUUGGAAUUUAAUACCUGUUGCUUGCUGGAACCAUUUCUACUUCAGCAAUCAGUAUAAUGAGACUGCGUUUUGCUCCUGUUGACAUUUAUAAAUGGACCGGUGUGGCUGUGUAGACAGCUGUGGGAACUGUAGUGUCCCUUUUUCGCUGUGCGCUUCAUCCGUACGACCGGCUGCCUUGAAUUGACAGAUUGCUUGUUGUAUUUCCUUAUCGUGAUUUUCUCAAUCAUCAAAGCUAUUGCCUCACCUAUCUGUAAUUAGUUGUUACCAUCACAACAUUACCUCAUGAGCCCCUCCUUCCUUCGCAUGCGUGCGGCCUGAAAUGAGUUUCGUCGGUGGGGCAGAAAGUGGGCGUGGGGGGGAUAACAUGACGCGUGCACCCAGUCAAUCACCUCAGCUACAGUUAAGGAAUCCAGUGGGCUGAUGCUCCUCAUAUUUCAUCCUUGGUAAAGAUUACCUGUCGUCCCCAGAGGAGAUGUAUUGAUCUGUUUUCCUUUUUUUCUGCCAGCAAUCACCUGACAAAGGCACCUAGGAGUGCAGAAGUGAGUGAUGCCCGUUCAUGUCUCCACCUACUGUGGUAUAUUUUGGGGUGGGGGUAGGGGUGGGGAUUAUGGGGGGAUUGGUGCCUACUUAAACCUGAAGAUAAUGUCAGCGUAAACCCUGCAUGAACUUGUGCAUCAAGUCAUGACCAACACACUCAGAGCUAUUUUACUUAGAUGAAAUUCAGGUUCUGUUGCUCAACAGUCGGCUGCAGUGGUGUGAACAGGAAUUCAUUUCAGGGGACCAUGUGAAAAUAUGCCAACUAAAUGUAGGAAAUGGUCUAAAUAAAAAUCACAGCAUGUUUUUACAAGUAAAUUAAUACGUGUAGUGCCCUUUUGCAUUUUGGGUGGAUGCCAGACAGCAGGUGGUAGUGUUCGGAAUUUGUCAUUUUAUUGGUAGUCAAUAAAAUAUGAUUAAACAAACAAAGGGAUGCAUUUAACAUCUGGUGCUGUUAAAUAUGGAGGAAUCGUAAUGAUGAUUCUGCUGACUUUUAUGAGCAUCAAAAUAAUACAAUUACUACACAAUAAAAUGGUAUUUGGCACACACACACACACACACACACACACACACACACACACAUAUAUAUAUAUAUAUAUAUAUAUAUAUAUAUAUAUAGAGAGAGAGAGAGAGAGAGAGAGAGAGAGAUAUCCACCCAUGAAAAAGGAACUGUCAUAUUUCAAGUGGACUCCUAGAAUAAUGUUGUUUUUUUAAAUAGUAAGAAGUGUCUGUAUCUGAUUGUAUCUAGUAACGAUGUCGAAUGGAAUUGUGUUAGGGUGUGUUUAUAAAGACUGGCAAUGAUAAAAAAAAAAAAAAAAGAAAAGAAAAGAAAAACAAAAGAAAAUAUCUGAGUAGUUGCAUCCGGUCCAUAAAUGGUACAGUAUUCAGCCUGAGUGAUGUAGGUUAUGAAAUAUCAUACUUAACAUUAUAACAGCAUUUAAAAAGAAAUAAAAUAAAAUUCUUUCUAUAGGAAAAGACGGUGGUACCACUACUGAUAAAAAAUAAAAAUAAAAAAUACUAUUGCAUGUCCUGCUAUAAAUGUAUUGCGGUGUAUACAAUGCCGUAGUGUAAUAAUUAUACAUGUUUAAUGCUUGCUCAUUUGGAUAACUGUUUUGAAAUUCUGCAAGCCAUCUUUACUAUCAACUUUCAGGUAGAUAUUUAACAGAUCUUGUUAACAAUGUAAUACAGUACCCACUGGUCAUAUAUUAAAAAUUGGAUAGGAGAUAUAUAAAUUUGGGCUGUAUUCAGAGUGGAGUUAUGCACGGUUAGUGAAGUUUUUAUCCCUGAAUUGGUAUCCAGAUUUAAGAACUAGUCACAAGUGAUGCGAGAGUUACACAUGCAGGGUGAAGUUUGAAUAAAACAGAGGUGUGGCUCAGUUAAGCGUGAUUCCGACCUUAAACUUAAGCUGUUUUUUUUUUUUUUUUUUUUGCACAAUAUCGGAUUCACAGCUUGAUAUAAUCAGAAUAUGUCAUGGUGUAAUUCAUGUUUUGGGCUGUAAAUACUCUCAGAGAAUUAUGACAUGCAGAUAUUAAAUACAUAAUUAUGACGAUACACCCAGAAAUUCGACUUAAGAAGGCGCAUAACCAGACUCCACAAAUUUCCCUGUGUAAAUAUCCACGUAACUGUUGGACAUAAACUGUCGACUCUGAAUACGGCCCUUACGGUAUAAACAUUUCUUUUACUGAGGGAAUGUUGUGUGGCACACGUGAGCAAAUCUAGUCAGUGUCAUCUGGGCAGCUGUUUCUUUGUAUAUUAAAUCUUGCACAAAGAUAACAUGUUACUACAGUAUAUAUGUAUUAUGGAUGAGAAAGCAUGCAUAUAAAUCUCAGUACACUUGUCAUUGUAUAUCAGUAAGAGCUUAUCGGUAGAUUUGGAAUGAAUUGAAGGAUUGUAAUGAAAAAUAAAACAUCUGAUAUGUGAUUACCUUA